CACAGAGUGCAGUCAGGUGAUGGUAACCCUCCUCGUAUCUCAUUAUUCGCUCGUUUUAAACUUUUUAUCCCCCCUCUGUUAAACACUUGUUAACGCCCUAUUUUCUCCGUCGUAAGCAGGGAGCGCUUGUACACACAUGUAGUCGCACGCAUGCACGAGCACACACACUCCCCAGUCAUAAGUGAAUGACGGCAGGUCGCCAUGGAAACUGCGUUACGCUCCGGGCGGCCGGAGAAGAAAACAGGAGCGCGAGGACUCGUUCCAUUCUUCAUUUCAGCACCACGCGCCUCCCGGACAGCGCCCGAAUGAACUCGCGCACAGGCUCGAGCAUCGCACGCCUGACCGGGGAGGGAGCCGCCGCAGCAGCACCGACACUGACCGGGGAGGAGACACAGAACCCCGCGUACAGCCAACCGUCCGGACCCGAGGCUCAGUGGACACCCGAGGUUUGAUUCCGCAGAGGAGACCGGAGCCCAGACGCUCCCCCGCGCGCCACAGCAACAGGGCAACAGUAUGUCUGAGAGAAAAUCCAGUCAACGGUUUCACAGCCUGAACACAGAGCAGGUGGAGGUCCUCCAUCAGGUGCUUUCCGAGGUGGUUCCCAUCCACGGCCGUGGGAACUUUCCCACGCUGGAGCUGCGUCCCCGUGACAUUAUCAUCGCUGUGCGGGCGAGACUGCAGAGGCAAGGGAUCACGGUUCGAGAUGUGCGUCUGAACGGCUCCACAGCCAGUCACGUUCUCGUCCGAGACAACGGGACGAGCUACAAGGACCUGGACAUCAUCUUUGGAGUGGAGUUACCCAGUCAGGAGGAAUUCCAGGUGAUCAAAGAGUCGGUGCUCAGCUGCCUGCUGGACUGUCUGCCUGCUGGCGUCAAUAGGGAGCGGAUCAGCAGCGCCACAAUGAAGGAGGCCUACGUCCAGAAAAUGGUCAAAGUCUUCAAUGAGCAUGACCGCUGGAGCCUCAUCUCCCUCUCAAACAACAGCGGAAAAAACCUGGAGCUCAAAUUUGUGAGUGUGCUGAGGCGACAGUUUGAGUUCAGUGUGGACUCCUUCCAGAUCAUUCUGGAUCGUCUCUUAGAGUCCUACAUGCAGCAGGACACACGGCACAAAAUGAACACUGCUGAGCAGAAGGAGGAGACCUCAAAGAUUCUGGCAGAAAGCAUGUACGGUGAUUUUGAGGCAGCUAUGGACCACCUGCGCUAUCGCCUGAUUGCUACCAGGAACCCUGAGGAGAUUCGAGGCGGUGGCUUGUUGAAAUACAGCAACCUCUUGGUCAGAGACUACAGGCCAGCCAGCGAAACUCAGAUAAAAACACUAGAACGUUACAUGUGUUCUCGAUUUUUCAUAGAUUUUCCUGAUGUGCAGGAGCAGCAGAGGAAGAUCCUGUCCUACUUGAAGAACCAUUUUAUCGGCGAGGAAAGAAGCAAGUACCAGUACCUGAUGACCCUGCGCCGUGUGGUCGAUGACAGCACGGUGUGUCUGAUGGGGCACGAGAGGCGCCAAACACUGAACAUGAUCACGGUGUUGGCACUGAAGGUUCUGGGAGAGCAGAACAUCAUACCCAACACAGACCAUGUGACGUGCUUCUACCAGCCUGCCCCGUACCUUGCCGAGCACAGUGCCCCCUACCUAGCAGAACCCAGCUAUUGCAGCUAUUAUAUACCCCAAGGGGGCUCCACUCUGCUCUACCAACCUUACCCCUUACACUUGCACCCACAGACUGGACUAGUCUAAAGCAAGCGCGAGUUAUGUACUCACAGAAAACACCCACUUAGAGCAAGGAUUUGGUGCUCACCAUAAAAAAGGAGAAGGGGAAUGGAAAUAUAAUCCAGGGAUAAACUGUUUGGUCUAUAAUAGACCCGUGUGGAUGGGAUUGAGUGGGUUUUUACGGUUAACUCCCCGAGAACUCUGUAAGGGUCUAACAUGAUUAUAUGUAAUUAUCUGGGCUUUGUGAGAAAAUAAUAAUCUUCCGAUAUUGUUGAAAUUCCUGAAAAUGCUGUAUGCACUGCAUGAGUCAUAGGCCUUUGGUCUCCCUGGGAAACCGACUGUGCUAUUGACAUUCACACACACACACACACACACACACACACACACACACACACACACACACACACACACACACACACACACACACACACACACACACACACUCUUCCAGGUUCCUAAAUUCUUGUACACAGUUUUCAUGUUCUUACUGUGUUGUUCUUAAUGGGUUUGUUCAGAAUGUGGACCUUGCCUGUGGUUGAUAUUGUGCAUGGAUAAAUUAGGACUGUUCUCUCACUGCCAAAUACUGUGUGAUUACUAUGCUUCUUAAACAGUUCAAUGUAUCUGUGUUGUUUCUUUACUGAAGGGCGUGUAUUCAAAAAAAAAAGGCAAGG